AUGCGUUGUAGUGUCAGGGGAAAAACCGUGCUUAUCACCGGUGCGUCUGCUGGAAUUGGUCUUGAGACGGCGCGGGCGUUCGCCGACGAGGCAGAGGGUGACGUCAGACUAGUUUUGACGGCGAGACGAAUCGACAGACUGGAAAAUACUAAAACCGGCCUUGAGGAGCAGUAUCCUCAGAUAAAAGUAUUUGUUGCCCAGCUAGACAUCCAGAAACCGGAUGCCGUGCGACAGUUUGUGUUGUCGUUGCCGCAGGAAUUUUCCGAGAUCGACAUUUUGGUCAACAACGCCGGUGUCGCUCUGGGAAGAGAUCCCGUGGGAACUGUCGAUCCGGCCGCUGUACAGACGAUGCUGGACACUAAUGUGCUGGGUCUGAUCACACUAACGCAGGAGAUUCUCCCCGGUAUGCGCAAACGGAACCGUGGCGACAUUGUCAACGUUGGCUCGAUCGCCGGCCGAGCACCGUACCCCGGGGGUGCGAUAUACUGUGCUACCAAGGCUGCGGUAAAGUAUUUCACGCGGAGUUUGAGAAAAGAACUGCUGGACACAAAAAUUAGAGUUAUGGAGGUGGUUCCGGGAGCAGUGGACACAGAACUACAGCUCGUGAGACACGGAGGAGUGCGGUCUGAGCUGGAGGAUAAGUUUAUGGGCGACAACCCGCUGGAGGCGGUCGAAAUUGCAGACUUUAUUGUCUACGCCUGCACAAGACGCGAAACCAGCGUCAUUGCAGAGGCCGUCAUCGUGCCUACCUAUCAAUCGCACUAA